GCACUGGUAAGUCAGGACUGCUUUCAUAUGCAUAAUCUCAGAUUGUCCGUUCUAGGCGCCUUUUAGGGGUACGUGCCUGUCUGUGGCAAGCUGGAGAAUUCCUACUAGAGAUGGGGAGAGGAAGAGAGGUGGUCAGGUACUAGUGAGAGUUUACAGUAGCUUAGGCCCACCAUACCACCCUGAAAUAAAGGCACUAAUAAUACCUACCACAAAACUUUGAAUUAAAUUUACUAUCUGCUAGGUCCUGUGGUGUUUGGCUUGUUUUGUUUUUGAAGCAGGGUUUCACUAGCUCUGGGUGGCCUGGAACUUGCUAUGUAGAUCAUGCUGGCCUCAAAUUCACAAGAGUUCCUCCUGCCUUUACUUGCAGUGCUGCAAUUAAAAGUGUGCACACUACACCUGACUAUUGUGAUUUUUUUAUCUCCACCCCCCGCCAACACACACACUCCCUUUGCCCAGUGAGAUUAAGUUCUGUCACCCCAUCUUAGAGAUGAAAAUGAGAAAGCAGGCAGGUAUGUAAGAUCACAGAUAAUCUGGUGACCCACAUCAAGUUCUUUAUACACCUUGUGUGUGGGCUUGGAGUUGGGUGUGAGGUAUGCCAGCUCCCAGAGUGGUUCUGGAAGCCUGUGCCCCCCCACAUCCACCACUUUCUUCUGCCUUGGACUUCCUGGAAUGUGCUGCAGAAACAGUGUGGGUGGAAGUGGUCACAGCCCUCAAGUCGCAGGCUCUGCUGAGAUGGGGCCCAGCUGGCUUCUCUGGACAGUGGUGGUAACAGUGCUGCUUCUGACUCGGGCUGCUCCACUGGAAGCCUCCCGGUUCUGUGGCCACCUUGAGUUCUGGAACUCUAACAAGAGGUGCUGCAGCAGCUGCCUGCAACGCUUUGGGCCUCCUGCAUGUCCUGCAGAUUACGAGUUUGCGGAGAACUGCGGGCUCAAUGACUUCGGCGAUACUGUAGCACAUCCUUUCAAAGAGUGUUCCCCUGGGUAUUGCAACCCCAAUGGCACAGAGCUGUGUAGCCAGUGUAACAGCGGAGCCACAGCACCCACUCACAUGGAGAGCCCCAGAAGAACCCACAAGCAUUGUAGAAAGAAGCCCAUCCCUCCCAAGGAGGUCUGUCCUCUUAAACCUGAAGAAGCAGGCGUCUCUAGCUCACCAGGGAGGUGGAGCCUCAGGCAGACCACCCAGAAUGAGGUCUCCAGCAGACGGGCUUUUGUCCCACCGUCAGUGCUGCCCCUGGCAGUGUUGCCAUUGUUCCUGGUGCUGCUUCUGAUACUGGCAGUGGUCUUGCUCUCUUUGUUCAAGAGGAAAGUCCGUUCCCAUCCUUGUUCCAGUUUGGCUGGACCCCAGUACCCCAGUACCUCUGUACACUGGCCCUGCCCAGGUUCUCUGGAGGGAUUGGGAAGUGGAAACAGAGGGAAGACAUCUCUGCUGCAGCUCUCAAGCUGGGAGUUUCAGAGUCUGGCCUCUCAGCCCCUCUCUCGCCUGCUGGAUGAGUUGGAAGUUCUGGAGGAGCUGAUUAUGCUACUGGACCCUGAGCCUGGGCCUAGCGGGAGCAUGGCUUAUGGUACCACACGACACUUAGCUGCAAGAUAUGGGCUGCCUGCCACCUGGUCUACCUUCGUCUACUCACUGAGGCCCAACCGUUCACCCCUCAGGGCGCUGAUUGAGAUGGUGGUGGCAAGGGAGCCAUCUGCUACUCUGGGCCAACUUGGCAUGUACCUGGCCCAGCUCGGUCGCACAGAUGCACUGCAGGUGCUGUCCAAACUUGGCUGAGUCAGUAUGCUGGAGCUUACUACACUAUCAAUAAAGUUUCUCUCGAAGCGAA